UGCGGUCGUGGAAGUGAGAGGGUGGGUCGUGAGUGGAGUGGACCUCAGCCUUCUUGAAAAAGACCUCCACGCAUUUUGUACGUGUGUGUGCGUGUGUGUUAAUUUCUAGAGAUGAAGUGUGUUUGCCUCCUGUGGGGUUGUCUGCUCUUCUCGACCGGCAGCGUGGUUCCGGUGUGCGUGGGCGAGAUGUUCACGUCGCUGCUCAACGUGCGGCAGGCGAUCAGCGUGGAGAGGAAGCUGAUCGACGAGCUGAAGGCUUACAUCGAUCACGAGUGGGAUAGGCUGGAGGACAUCAAGAGGUUUUAUUCCAAGGUGUCGCACCUGCACAGUGACACCUACAGAGGCUCGCCAAACGCCAUGGCCAACCCACUGGUGGCGUUCACCCUCAUCAAACGUCUACAUUCCGAGUGGCUCAAUGUGGUUUACAGCCAUGAAGCCUCAGAGAACGCACAAGCCCUCAGGUCCAGUUACGAGGAAGAAGAGGCCAACUUGCCCAAACUGGAGGACCUGCGGGGGGCCGCCAGGGGCCUGAUGAGGUUGCAGGAUGUGUACGCGCUCCACGUGGCCAGCCUGGCGAGUGGUCGCUUCCGGAGAGUGGCGGACGGAAAACUGGUGGACGUUUACAAACCGUCUGUGUCUGUGUCGCUGUCUGGUGAUGACUGCUUCUUGGUUGGAAAGGUGGCCUACGAGCAGGAGGACUACUACCACUCGGUUCCAUGGCUGGAGGAGUCGGUGCAGCUCUUCAGGGGCUCGGGAGGAGAGUGGAGCCCCGAGAACGAGGGCACGCUGGAGGACGCCCUGGACCACCUGGCAUUCUCUCACUUUAAAACGGGAAACAUCUCCCACGCUCUGUGUCUGUCUCAGGAGUUGCUGCAUCAUGACCCAAUGAAUGGAAGGGUCUUGGAAAACGUUGAGAAAUACGAAAGGUUACUGACAGCAAGGCCGCCCGCGUCGCUCCGUGACCCAGGCCUGACGAGACCCACAUCCAAAUAUUUAAGAACCAGGGACGCUUACGAGAGACUGUGCCAGACCCGAAGCUCUCAGAACCGCAGACUGUUCUGCGACUACUUCACCAACGGGAGCCCGGCGCUGACGCUGAUGCCUGUAAGACGUGAAGUGCUGAGCCUGCAGCCGUACGUGGUCAGGUACCACAACUUCAUCACAGACACGGAGUCUGACGACAUCAAGACCCUCGCCAAGCAGGGAUUGAGAAGAUCCGUUGUGGCAGCUGGAGAAAAACAAGCCACGGUAGACUAUCGCAUCAGCAAGAGUGCCUGGCUGAAGGACACAGCACACUCCAUGGUUGGCAAGCUGGACCGCAGGAUCUCUGCGCUCACGGGUCUCAACGUGACACACCCGUUUGGCGAGCACCUCCAAGUGGUGAAUUAUGGCAUCGGUGGGCAUUAUGAACCUCACUUUGACCACGCCACGUCGCCCUCAAGUCCUGUGUUUCGGCUGAAUACUGGCAACCGGGUGGCCACCUUCAUGAUUUAUCUCAGCUCUGUCGAGGCUGGUGGAGCCACAGCCUUCAUCUACGCCGACUUCAGUGUACCUGUCAUGAAGAACUCCGCCAUCUUCUGGUGGAAUCUGCACAGAAGUGGAGCAGGAGACGACGACACCCUGCAUGCCGGCUGCCCUGUGCUUAUUGGCGACAAAUGGGUGGCAAACAAAUGGAUCCACGAGCAUGGCCAAGAGUUCCGACACGCCUGCAGCCUGAAUCCUGAGGAGUGAGGUGGACGGAGUGUAUUCCUUUUGGAGUCAAAAGAGCGAGGGACACGUGCAGGCAUCAAGCAGCCUUCAAGCAACUCGAGUGGAUCGCACAAACCCGAGCAAAAAGUAACAGAGGCGUUUAUAGCGACGAGCCUCCAGAGGCCAAAAGAUGUACUGGCCAGGUCCUGCAGAUGCACACAAGAUUGAGAACACUGCUGGAUUCACUUAACGGUCUAAAGAUCCAAACAUGCUUGCUUGGAUGAAAAGAUUUCUGAGUCUACAGUGACAAACACAACAUGUCAAGCUAUGUUUGGAUGCUGACAGCCUAAUUACCUCCUCCAAUUACACAAGGGAGGAGUCUGUGCUUCAAUUAGUGCACUUCCAUACUUCCAUUCUGAAUGUAUACUGUUGUACCUCACAAACACGCCCUGAAUGGUUUGUGUACAGCAAUGGACCCUAACCACCCUCAAUCACUGCCAUCUUGAUACAUACAGUGGGGCAGAAAAGUAUUUAUGGGAGAACUUGCAGAAAUUGUGCAAGUUCUCCCAUUUAAAAUGAUGACAGAGGUCUGUAAUUUUCAUCAUAGGUACACUUCAACUUUGAGAGACAGAAUGUGAAAAAAAUCUAGGAAUUCCUAUUGUAGGAAUUUUAAAGAAUUUAUUUGUAAAUUAUGGUGGAAAAUAAGCAUUUGGUCAACCAUUCAAAGUUCUCACUGAUGGAUGGAGGUUUUGGCUCAAAAUCUCACCAUACAUGGCCCCAUUCAUUCUUUCCUUAACACGGAUCAAUCGCCCUGUCCCCUUAGCAGAAAAACAGCGUCAAAGCAUGAUGUUUCCACCCCCAUGCUUCACAGUAGGUGUGGUGUUCUUGGGAUGCAACUCAGUAUUCUUCUUCCUCCAAACAUGACGAGUUGAGUUUAUACCAAAAAGUUCUAUUUUGGUUUCAUCUGACCACAUGACAUUCUCCCAAUCCUCUGCUGUAUCAUCCAUGUAUCCAUUUGUGUAUAAACUCAACUCGUCGUGCUUGGCCAUCCUAAAACAGCACAAUUUUAACAUAUAACAUGUGUUUUAAGAAGAAAAACAAACUUUUAGAUAUGAAAUGUACAAACAACUUCAAUAGUUUUAUCAGUUGAUAAUUACAUAUAUCCAAUCCAAUCCCCUUUAGCUGUACAGCACUAUUAACAACAGAACUGUUUCCAGAGUGCCGCACAUAAAAAGUGAAGUGAAGUGAAUUAUAUUUAUAUAGCGCUUUUUCUCUAGUGACUCAAAGCGCUUUACAUAGUGAAACCCAAUAUCUAAUUUUUUUUUUACAUAUAAACCAGUGUGGGUGGCACUGGGAGCAGGUGGGUAAAGUGUCUUGCCCAAGGACACAACGGCAGUGACUAGGAUGGAGAAAGCGGGAUUCGAACCUGCAAUCCUCAAGUUGCUGGCACGGCCACUCUACCAACCGAGCUAAACCGCAAUACAAGAUAAGAAACAAUAAAAAGUAAUUACAUUAAAUAAUUUAAAAUAAAACAAGUAAAAAACUAAUCAAUAAAAUAGAAUGAAACAAUAAGAGACAAAUCAAUAAAAUAAAUCAAUAAAAUAAACAGAGGACCAUUAGACUCAUUUAAAUUUAAAAGCCAGAGAGUAAAAGUUGGUUUUAAAGGGGAAAUGCACUUUUUUGGGGGAAUUUUGCCUAUCGUUCACAAUCAUUAUGGAAGACAAAAGGUUUUUUUCUUCACAUUCUAACAUGAAAAAUGGUCUCGUUUUAGGUACCUAGCAAUGCAGCUAAUGGGUGCAAUCAAUUCUACCUCUAAAUCACUUUGACAAUGCAUUAAAAAAACGUCAACAAUACUUCAUUUACGCUCCGUAACCUGUAUAAUAACCAAACUGUAGUAACAUUGUUAUUUUAAGAGCGAACACUGAGGAACUCGGUUUUUGUAUUGUAUUAAGUUGAUUGGCAACACUAAAUUGGCCCUAGUGUGUGAAUGUGAGUGUGAAUGUUGUCUGUCUAUCUGUGUUGGCCCUGCGAUGAGGUGGCGACUUGUCCAGGGUGUACCCCGCCUUCCGCCCGAUUGUUGCUGAGAUAGGUGCCAGCGCCCCCCGCGACCCCGAAAGGGAAUAAGCGGUAGAAAAUGGAUGGAUGGACUAACACAUCAGCAUGCUACGGUAUUAGCCGUUAAAGCUAACUACGGCAAGAGAUAAGUUAACUUCUACAUUAGCACAGAACGUGUUUGAGUUAGGAAUGCAGAACACAAUGUGCUAAGACACCAAUCUGUACUGACUGAAAAACAUGAACAAUCAUAUUACAGUAUCUGUAAAAUGUUAGCCCAUAUUUCAUGUUUUGUCCGUACACAGUUAAAGUUAGCCAGAUAGCUUGUGCUGUCUGUCAUGAUACACACAUGACGUGCUGCUUGGAUCAUGAUUAAUAUAAAGUGUGACUCACUGGAUGGACAGUUGUCUCUUUUGUCCAGCUGGCCAGGGGCGUUUUUUCAAACUUUUUUGGAGUAAGCAUGCCAUUUAUGACCAAAAAGCUUGUCUCCAAAUUCCACAUUUGCAGCUUUGAUUCACUUUCACCUCACUCUCUUGGCUUUCGUCUGCUCCAACGCUUCACCCUCUUCUUUGUGCUGGCUUCUAAAAGCAUUAGUUAUUCCUCCAUAAAUUCAGAUUAAAAAAGAUAAAGUUGUGAAUCCUAAUUUUUCCCAAAAAAGUAAUCUUCGUUGUUUGUUACCAAGUCUGCCAUGAUAAGAAGACACGCAAGUUUUUUGUAUCUGGAAGUAGGAACACGCUCUAAGUCGGAAGUGCGCCGCUAUGGAAACAGAAAUCAAUGCUCCCAAAUAUAGUAAGUAUUGCACAUAAUACAUAUUGUUAUGAACAUGUCUGUUCCUACAUUAUAUAUAUACUUGCUGUGUGUAUAUAAAACGGUGAUGGAGGGUUUUGAAGUUGUCUUAGAGGGCUUUGAAGGUGUCAGGCUUGUCCCUGACAGUUUGGCUAUGUUAGUUUUUUCCUCUGCAUUUGUCUUUGUUCCUGACAGCAAUCUUAUUUUGGUAAUUUUUCUGAUUUUCUCCCAGAGUGCUUUUUUCCCUCAGCUGUGGCUGAUUGGCACCUGGCCACACGUUUUGUCAAUCAGCCAGCCGCUAGUUAGACCUGCUUUCUCCUCCAGUCAGUGCUGGAUUAUUGUCAUUAAUGCUUUUCGUAGAACCUGUAGCUGCUUGCAGCGUGCUGUCUUUUUGUUGCUAGUUCCUGUUUGCUGGAUCCUGUUUCCUGUUCCAUGCUACCAGUUUGUUUGUUCCUGGUUCCUGGUUUGUGAUUCCUCUUUAUUUUUACAUUUUUGGACAUUAAAUUAUGUUUUCUUAUUCAAUGCCUGCCACCGUCUCUGCAUCUUGGGGUUUGUCAAAAAUUCAACGUGACAGAAUACUCCAACCUAACACGAACCCCGCAGAGAUUUCCGUGGCGGAGAGGCUUAACAAAGCACUCAGGGAGAAAAUCAGGAAAUUACCAAAAUAAGAGUGCAGACAGGAACAAAGACAAAUGCAGAGGAAAAAAACAACAUAGCCAAACUGUCAGGGACAAGCCUGACAAAAGGCUCCAACGGUGACUGCUAUUAGCCGCAUCUUUCAAAGCGUUUUUUAUCGUCGUUAAAAUUCUAAUUAAAAAAAGAUGCGUGUUCUUGUCUCUGAUAUUGAUUGUGAACGAUAGGCAAAAUUCCCCAAAAAGUGCAGUUCCCCUAUAAGACGAGACUUAAAACAUUCAACAGUGAAGGCUGUGAGAAGGCAGAACAUUCCAUAGUUUAGGGCCCACAACAGAGAAGACCCUGUCUCUCUGUUUUAGCCUCGUUUUAGGUCCACAAGUUGGAACUGGCCCUCGGGCCUCAAUGCGCGAGUUGGGGCAUACAUUUGGAUGAGGUCCGUGGUGUACUUGGAGGCCAGUCUAAACAAAGCUUUAAAAAACAAAUAGUACAAUUUUUUUUAUCAAUUCUAAAACGAACAAGAGGCCAAUGCAGGGAAGUGAGAUUCCGGGUGAUGUGCUCCCUUUUUUUGAUUCCGGUUAAAAAUUGUGCCGCAAAAAUAAAUAAACUGUGCCGCACAGUCCUGGACUAACUGUAACUGACUUAUAUUUUAAUGAGAGACUUAUACGGCUUAUACGGUAUCUCCUUCCAGCUGCUUCUCCGUAGAUUCAUGGAUAAAUGCCCGGCGCUAAGAUAUCAUUUAAACAUCCUUGUCCGGCAUUAGACUCAUUCUCCUUCAGUACAGCGCCGACUAUAGCAGUGACGCGUUCCUCCUGCUUUGUCAAGUGGACUACUAAAGCUGUCAUGUUUCUGAUGAUUUCUUUCUUUAACUCAAUGAAUAUCAUCUGUUUCUUCUUAGCACUGUCCGUAACGCUCACUUCUUCCACGUCUUCCCCGUGGUUGGAAAAAGAAAAAGAAAGUUACGUCGAUCUCUAUCUGUAAGUUAAUGCUAACGAGUAAGACCAGACAUUUUAGGGUAGAUCUUACAGGGUUCACUGUUGCAUUUGCAAUGCUACCCAAUGGCAGAGAUGCUUGUAAGUCACAGUGGGCCCCAUUCAAAUAUUGUUCUUUGGCCCACUUACAAAGUUUUUAAGGAGAUUUUUGUAUUCACCAGUGUUUUCGUAGCUGGGAUUUUUUUACUAGGUAAGAACAAAAUGUACGAGUGCUCCAAAGCACUCUUAGGGUGGCCUAUUUGUUCUUAAGUGUGACAAUUUCCCUUACUUCUAUUGUCUAAUGUUAAAUUAAUAUCAUAGAUAGAUAGAUAGAUAGAUAGAUAGAUAGAUAGAUAGAUAGAUAGAUAGAUAGAUAGAUAGAUAGAUAGAUAGAUAGGUAGGUAGGUAGGUAGGUAGGUAGGUAGGUAGGUAGGUAGGUAGGUAGGUAGGUAGGUAGGUAGGUAGGUAGGUAGGUAGGUAGGUAGGUAGAUAGAUAGAUAGAUAGAUAGAUAGAUAGAUAGAUAGAUAGAUAGAUAGAUAGAUAGAUAGAUAACAUAUUUCACGACCAUGUAGACCUAUUUGCCCCAAGUGACAGAUAUUGAACGCUGCAGUCCCCCCUUUCUUAAACUUAUGUUUUGACAUUAGGUAUUUCCCCUGCGGGAUAAUACAAAUUUCUCUUCUGUAAUCUGUUUGUGUUUUCUCCUUGUGUUUGAUGUUUGGUUUUUCCGCCGGAAUUGUGCCAUCAUAUGGGGAAUUAAGGGUGUUUACCUAUGCAAAUUACCGAAUUAAGGGCGUUUACAUAUGCAUAUCAGGGAAAUAAGGGGUGUUUUAUGCAAAUUAUGAUAGACACGCACGUGCUAACCAUUUGACAUUCAGCAACUUAAGAACACCAGGUGGGAACAAUUUGGUCGUUUAAUAACACGUCAUGAAUUUGAAUCGACUCCUCUUAGGAAAUCACUUAGGAAGAAAGAUAAGAGGAAAAGUUAGGAACUCAUUGCUGAAUGGGGACCAGUAUUGCUUGCAACUUAAAGCAUAGCAAUCAGCCAAAAGACAGCUCUUAUCUCAAAACACUCUUAAAUCAAGGUGCCACUGUAUUGCGACAGAGUGCAAAGUGACUCAUUUAGGAAAGAACUACGUUGUUAGGAACAAAGUACGCAGUAUGCACAUUUAAGUGUAAGUCUGGAAGUGUGUGAUUUGGAGCACAGUGCAUUACACUGCUCAUUGCUGCCACCUGCCAGACUGGAGUGGAGCGCCAACGCUAAGUUAGCAUGUCAUUUCUUACCAAUCAAACAAGUGACAGGAUAUUUGUUUGCAUUUUUGUCUGUUGGUUAUUCAUUUUGUCAGUUAGUAACUGUGUUAUAAGGUGUUUAAAAUGUUGCUGAGCCACAGAAAGCCACACGUGGGGAUUAUAAUUAAAACUUUAAGUUAAAUAUAUUUAUCUAUUUAACAAUUAUGCCUAAUAAACUUACAUAGAAUAGAACCCAAAGCUGUGAUUCAAAUGAAGAAGUUACCGGUUGUUUAUUUUCAGGCACUGUUUUAAUGGCGAUUUUCCUCAAGCCUGAACUCACACAACAUGCUCUGUCCACAGAUGUCUUCUCCAAACUGCAGCGAGGGGCCCCCGACUAUGUAGUUGGAAAUCACUGUUUGUCUCCAAGGCACAGAAGGGCCUUUGAGUGUAUACGUGUGUUUUCGAUGCGCCAUGCUGAUUCAAUGACAGGACUGUGAGAGUGAAAAACGAAGGUGGCGCUCCUCUUGCCCAUAGCAAAAAUAAUCUGACAGUUGGGAGUUUAUAAUGGUAAACAUAUUACAUCCGUAUGGAAUUCUCACAAUCAAUGGGGAUGCUUUGCCCGCAUCUGUUUCUGUUUUAAUUGCAAUCAAUUAUUUAUUCAUUCCUCAGAAAAUAUUAUUACAUUAAUAACAAUGUAUUUAUGUAAAUUAUAAACAAUUAUCAUAUCAAUCAAUCAAUCAAUCAAUGUUUACUUAUAUAGCCCUAAAUCACUAGUGUCUCAAAGGGCUGCACAAACCACCACGACAUCCUCGGUAGGCCCACAUAAGGGCAAGGAAAACUCACACCCAGUGGGACAUCGGUGACAAUAAUGACCCAGUGGGACGUCGGUGACAAUGAUGACUAUGAGAACUUGCCAUAAAUUCUAAUGCUAUUUAAUUAAUAAUACUGUAAUAAUCCUACACAUUAAAACAUAGUUGGCAUUUUGGAGGAAAAAACUACCUAAAGUAACCUUAUGCGUCUUUUUGCAUUUAUUUAUUUAUUUUUUAAAUUUUAAGUUCAUCACAUUAUUAAGUAAUGGCAAUAAUUAUUAGACACUAAAUUGUAAUAGUUUAAAAAAAAGUACACAAGUAGCAUUAAUAAUAUAUUUUAUUUAUAGAGCGCUUUUCAAAACUCAAAGAUGCUUUUUACAGGUAAGGUAAAACAAAUCAGGGUGUAUAAAUUAGCAAAAAUAACAGUAAACAAUAAAAAAAAUAGACUGUAUAUCAUGAGUCCUUACAAAAAAAUGUUUUGUUUUUGCAUUGUUUUUGUCAAAGGUGCUGUAUGUGUGUUUGUGUUUUCUUCUCUUCGUCUAUUAUUGUUAGCAUUUUUUUGCUGUUUUGUUUUGUACAGCACUUUGUGCUUGCCAUUUGUAUGUGCAUGAAAAGUGCUAUAUGAAUAAAGUUGGAUUUGAUUUGAUUUGAAAA